CCCAAUCUAACAGGUCCUUUAGCCCUCAGCAUACUCGUGAAGUAGGGCAAAAACUCUCUCCGCCCCAUCAAUACGUCUCGCGUCGCCGAUCUGCGCCAUGUCUCAGGUAGAUAACAGGAAUUCUUCAGCUGCCAAGCGAGCACGAACUGAUGGUAGCAGGAGAGAAGAUGAUUGGACCUGUCCUAGCUGUGGCAAUGUUAAUUUUUCUUUUAGGACGACUUGCAAUAUGCGCAAUUGUACCCAACCCAGACCAGCUGAUCAUAACUCAAAAUCUGCUGCUAAGCCUGUGCAAGCUCCUCAGGGUUACUCCUCAGCUCCAUAUGUAGGUUCUGGUGCACCCUCUUCAAUGUAUCUUGGCGUGCCACCAUAUGGUUCUUCUCUCUUCAAUGGAGCACCCAUUCCUCCUUAUGAUGGUCCCUUUUCUGGGGGCUCUGCAUAUCACUACAACUAUGGCAGCCGCCUUUCUGCAGGCAGUCCUUACCGACCUCUGCAUUUAUCUGGACCACCACCUUAUUCUAGUGGGUCUAUGAUGGGAAAUGAUUUUUCAGGUGGGAUGUAUGGUAUGCCCCCACUGGUGGACCGCUAUGGCUUGGGUUUGCCCAUGGGCCAUGCAGCUAUGGGCCCAAGACCAGGUUUUUUUCCUGAUGAUAAAUCUCAAAAAAAAGAUGCAACCCGUGAUAAUGACUGGACCUGUCCUAAAUGUGGAAAUGUCAACUUCUCUUUUAGAACUGUUUGUAACAUGAGGAAGUGCAAUACACCAAAACCUGGAUCACAGGCUGCAAAAUCUGAGAAGAAUUCUAAACAAAAGAUGCCUGAUGGAAGUUGGAAGUGUGAGAAGUGUAGCAACAUAAACUAUCCCUUCAGAACCAAGUGCAAUAGACAGAACUGUGGGGCCGAUAAACCAUCUGAAUCGACAAAGUCUCCUUCACCCUCACCGGACGAAAAUGAUCAGUGAGUACUAGGACAUGUUUGAGGGUUGAGAAGGUCCAGGGUUGUCGUCCAGCAUUGCUCAAUAUGGGUGUCUGAAAGUCAGUCGUGUCAUCUCCAUGUCGCAGCGCUUGUCGUUAUUCUGCCUUCUCAUCAUCUGUGUCAAGUUGUUGUACUAACUGCAAUGGUACUUGUGGUCUUUAUGGAUCCUUUUCUACAGAUGCAUUAUGUGUCGGCCAGCUUUAUCUGGCAAGAUUUUACAGGUUGGUUCUGGUUUCUAUUAGAUAGGCUUAUGUACUGUUGGAAUUUACUAGUGGGUAUUGUUAACAUUCACUAUGCUACCAGCAGCAGAGACAGUACUGCAGGCUGUGUUUCUGGUUUUUUAAUUAAGUUUAAAAUGGUCUCUAUGAAGUUGAAGAAGUGUCUUUUGUUUUCA